AUGCACACCAACAUCAACUGGCCAACUGCCCCUCCCCCCAUAACACGGCUCCCCACCUUGGUGGAGUAUACCGUACAAGAUGAUCGCACAUCCAGCAGUCAACAGCAGGAGACGCUGCGUUGCGACAGACAAUCACCUUGUAGCUCUUGCUUGAAACGUGGCAAGCCGGAAGAAUGCACAUACAGCUCCUCGGAGCAGGAGCGCAAAGAUGCUGUUGACUACAGACCACAUGCCAGGAGCCAAGAGGCCCGCCAGAGAGUUGUCCGUCUUGAGAAACUCGUAACCCAGAUGAGGGAUCAAAUGAGGGCUAUGGAACAGGCUUCUGACCAGACGUCCAAUGGUCAUGUAGCGGACACUGUAGGAAAACUGACUCUCACCGAUAGCCAUGCCAUCUAUAGUGGCAGCACUCACUGGGUCACCAUCUUAGAGGAUAUCCAAUCCCUCAAAGAAGAGCUGUCCAGUGACCACCCAGAGGCCAUCAGAAGUCGAGAAUCAACUACAGUCGAUGUUGAUUUAGUCACCGAGCCUCCAGCCACCAGGAUAUCACUUCUCUUAAACCACCCCUCUCUUCCGAAGGAGCAGAUACUCGCCAUGAUACCCCCACGCAAGGUAGUUGAUAGGCAUGUCUCCCACUUCUUCAAUGCCUUUGACUUUGCUUCAUGUAUUCUUCAUCGGGGAAAAUUUCUCGCAGAGUACUCUGAAUUCUGGGAUAAUCCUCCGACUGCGCCCAUCAUGUGGGUAGGGCUCCUGUUCAGCGUGAUGUGCACUUCCGUGUUCCUCCAGCAGCAUAAUAUUGGCAUAUAUGCUGCAGAAACGCAAGAAGCUCUAGAGACAUAUCGAACUCUUACCAUUCACUGCUUGGUCGCCGGAAACUAUAUGCGGCCAACCCAAUACACCAUCGAAGUGCUGACCUUACAUUUUGCCAUUGACCAAAGCAUGAAUCUUAAUACAGAUAUCGGUAACUGGGUUUUAAUUGGUGUAAUCAUUCGGCUCGCAUUGCGCGUGGGGCUGCACCGUGAUCCAUCGCACUGGUCCAAUAUUAGACCAUUGGAGGCGGAAUUCCGACGGCGGCUUUGGAUCAUAUUGUAUCAUAUGGAUUUCUUCACAAGCACUCAGGUCGGUCUGCCCCGGAUCAUCAAAGACUCCCAGUGUGAUGCACGCCCGCCUGCAAAUUUGUUCGACGAUGACCUGAACUUUGGGCAUGAGGAAGUACCACCUGAGCGGCCAUUAACAGAUCCUACUCCGCUUUCGCACAUUAUCCAAAGACAGAGCAUUAUCAAGGUAGCCGCGGAGACUUAUGACGCGACCGAAGCAGGACCGCCAUCAUCCACCACCAUUGCUGCGCUGAGUGCCAAACUUGAGAAGGCGAUUGACGCUAUCCCUGAGCAGUCAAGGUAUCGGUCGACAGAUAUAUGGAUUGGGGAUAGCCCUGCUACGAUCCUGCACCGAAUGUUUCUUGACAUUCUCAUCAACAAGGCUGUCUAUCUCCUGUAUCGAAGAAGCUUUAUGAAAGUCUCAGUAGGGGAAGAAACCACAAAAUCCACCAAACUAUGCAUCAACGCCGCCUUGUCAAUCUUAGAACAUCAGCGAAGAUUGAACGAAGAGGCUCAACCAGGAGGUAUCAUGUUCAGUGUUCGCUGGCGGGUAGCCUCGUCCCUUAACCAUGAGUUUCUGCAAACCACGAUGAUGCUAUGUUUUGCUUUGAGUCGCUCUCACGAGGGUCUAAAUGGUCUGGCCGAUUCCGACGCUCUCCAUCGACGGGAUGAAAUCUUAGAGGCAUUGAUCAUUGCAAAAGGUCUUUGGGAACAGGAUUCCGACCGGUCUGUAGAGGCGCGCAGAGCAGCAACGGCCAUCGCGUCCGUGCUCAAGCUGAAUUUGAACAAGUCAAGCUCGCCAACUCUGAUCACUUCAGACGGUGGGAGUAAUGCACCAAUGCACGAGUACUCUUCUACUACUGUUCACCCGACAGGGUUCUUUGAAGAAAUGCCGGGGACUGCAUCGGGCUAUCCUCUUGAUCUAGACUCUGAACAAAAUAUGAUGAUCAACCCCCCCUUCGCUGCAGUUGAUCCUGAUGUGACGGCAUUCGGAAACUUGUGGGACGAUUACAUAGCCGAGCCCAUAGAGGGGAAUUGGGCGGGGAUGCCUUAA